GAAGUGGUACUGAGCCGAAAGACCUGAAUUUUGACGAGGAGUGUGCAGAUGCCAAACCUCGUAUCGGUGAUCAAUUCUUUCUUGAGAUGACAUUGGUAGCUGACAAAAGUACGAUCGCAUUUCACGGGGAUGACACUGCAGAUUAUCUUCUAAAGCUCGUACAUAUGGUAAAUGCCCUUUAUCAUCAUGAAAGUGCAGGUCAGAAAAAAAUUACCAUCAUCGUCGUAAAGAUUGAACUUGUACAAGACGGGCUUAAGUAUGCAGCAGGUGCAAGCAAUGCUGCCAAGAUGGCGGCCCUCGAGAAAUGGGCGGCAGAAGAUGCUAAAAUUCCAAAACAAGAUUCACAAAAAGAUCAUCCUGACGUCCUAUCUCUGAUUACUCGGCUUGGUUUAGGUCAUGACUCCAGUGCCGCGGCUGGCUGCCCCGACGCAACAUUUAUUAUGUCUACCGCUGUACCUGGAGGAAAGAAUGCAGGAACAUGGUCCGCUUGCAGCAGAAAACGUCUUCAAGAGUUACUGAGAACUGCCCCGAGUUGCCUAACGGAUGGAAGAUCCCGCAAAUUGAAUUACUUAAAGUACUUCCAUAGCAAGCUCCCAGGAAGCGUGAUAUCUGGAGAUGAGCAGUGUAAAGAGCAAUAUGGCAAAGGCGUUUUUCAGUGUAAACGAGCACUGUCUAACUGUGGCUCAUUGUAUUGCACAACAAACGGCUACUCCUGCUACAGUAAAGUCGCUCCACCACUAGAUGGGACGCCAUGUGGAUCUCAACAUUGGUGUAUAGCUGGUGAAUGUGUUUAUGAUGGCUCAGAAGUUGUAGAUGGUGGUUGGAGUGCAUGGAGUGGUUAUGAUUCUUCCACUUGUUCCCGCACAUGUGGAGGAGGAGUGUACUUCAGACGACGAACGUGUUCAAAUCCACGUCCUAAAAAUGGAGGAAAAAACUGCAUAGGGGAGAGUCGAGGAUACCCAAAAGUCUGCAAAAGAAAGGUGGCAUGCCCCUCAGGUGCCAUGGACUUCAGAGUAGCUCAGUGCCACGCCAUAAAUAACAAAUACACGGCGAUAUACUACAGGGGAGGAGCUGCCUGUUGGUUGUGACGACGUGGUCGGAUCUGUGAAUACAGUUGACCGUUGUGGAGUAUGUAAUGGAGAUAGCACUUCAUGUAAGUCAGUAAAAAAAAUUUACACUGUGGAUUGGCAACAAAAAGGACCUGCAAACGCAGCAGUAGCUUGCUGGAUCCCGAAAAAGUCCAGACGGAUUUGGGUUUUCGAGAUGGCUGCUGAUAGAAACAACAUAGGUGUACAGAACAUGGGAAAAAAGUAUCUGUUAAGCCCCGGACAAUUUAAAACGAUCAAUGCAGCUGGAAGCAGCAUCACGUAUGGUAAACGUAGUGGAAAAGAAUACCUAUACAUCCCUGGCCCAACAAACGUGCAUCUACGUUUUAUGUUUAUAUUCAACGGUCAAAAAAACAAAGGAGUUGAAUGCAGAUUCUUGAGUCCCUAUAAAUCAGAUAUUACAGGAGCCGACGUCAAAUGGGUGGCCGACACGAAGUAUGGCUGGUCGGCUUGCUCGGAGACCUGCGCCGGAGGAAAGAAAACGCGACGUGUUCAGUGCAAGAGGAAGGAUGACGAGUCGGCUGUUGCCGACAGUGUCUGCGAGAAGGGAGGACUGAGUAAGCCAAAGGAUGAGAUGGAAUGUAACACUCAGGAGUGUCCACCAGAAUGGCAUGUGAGUGGAUGGAGCGCUUGUUCAAAAACCUGCGGACACGGGGUAACAAAACGUGAACUGUCCUGCAGAAGGAAGUAUAAAAACCCAGGAGGAUACAAGAUGUUGAGGUGGAGUAGCUGUAAGGGGCCCAAACCAACACCGCUGAGUAAACCUUGUUUUAAGACGCCGUGUGGACCGGAAUGGAUUCCAUCUGAGUGGGGGAAGUGUUCAAAGACCUGUAUAGGAGGCGUUAUGAAACGCACGUUGAGUUGCGGUAGGCCGCUCGGUGAUGGUAACUACCACCCAUUGUUAGAAAGCUUCUGCCGGUACUCCGUCAAACCGCCAGUACGAGAGAAGUGCAACGAAGAUAUUUCCUGUACUGCUCGUCCAAUAAAAAAAUUCAGACCACUAGGUUGUUACAGAGAAAAUACCCAUAAGCGCCUCCUGCCACUUCUGGAACAUAAUUUUCGUUCUGGUGGCAUCAAGUGGAACGCGAUAGAAACUGUAGUGGAAAAGUGCUACCGUGAAGUUGUCGAACGCACAAAUUACAAGGUGUUUGGGGUUAAAUUCUAUGGUGAAUGUUGGGUCGGUACAAUGCCGAGUUCCCAUUUCAAGACCGUCCUAACACAAUGCUAUAAACAUGCUGUUGGAAAGGCGCAUACCUACUACAUUUAUGAAGUUUUGUAGAUGACAGAAGUAAUCGGCUACAAACAUCUCUAGAGAUAGGUCUUUUAAGGAAUACGAAUUUAUUUUUGAUAUGUGAGCUUACAGUGGAAUCCUGAUGUAACAUAGAAUAUCGUGGUAGAAAGAUCCCUCUUUUAUUGAACAGAAUGAUAAGAGAAAUUUUUUGCUACAACAUCUGAAUUAAAAUCACAUCGCAUUAAAUGGUUUGAACCCGGAAUAGCAUGUGAAAGUGUAGUGUGAUCGUCCGGGCGAGUGUAGUCUUGAAAAGGACUG